ACAUAGUCCCUCCCCGUCCGGCCUCCUCCCUCUUUCCCCGGCCCUCCAUAGAGGAAACACGCGUUCUUUCGACUCUCUUCGCUUCGGAGCUUUACAAAGUCCUGUGUGAAAAUGCGUUACAUAGCUUCCUAUCUUUUGGCCGUUCUCGGCGGUACUGAAAACCCCACAAUUGCUGACCUGAAGAAGAUACUGGACAGCGUUGGUAUUGAGCUGGACAAGGAGCGUGCCGAUAAGGUAAUCGGUGAACUGAAAGGCAAGAAGAUUGAUGAGGUGAUUGCUCAAGGUAACACCAAGUUGGCCAGCAUGCCUUCUGGAGGUGGUGUUGCAGUUGCUUCCGCUGGCUCUGCUGCUCCUGCGGCAUCUGCUGCACCAGCUGCUGAAGAGAAGAAGAAGGAAGAGAAGAAGGAUGAGUCUGAAGAGUCCGAUGAAGAUAUGGGAUUUGGCCUGUUCGAUUAAGUCUUGUAGCAUUUAAAAUAAAAAAAACUUUAUUUAG